AUGACUAACAUAUUAGAACUAAGACCUAUCUCUUCAGAUAAUACAUUAUAUAUUAGUAGGGAAAUGCUUCUCUUUUCUUCUUUAAUUAAGAGGGUUGUAAAUUGCACUCAAAGAGUUUCGAUUUCAUCAGGGUAUUCUGAAUACUGCCUUACAGAUACACUACUUGUAGAGGAAUAUCGAUUUGAUCCUGCUAAUGAAGAAUGUAUACUGCUUUAUCUCUCUGAUAACAAUGUCAGUAUUAUAUUUGCAAUUCGUGAAAUCAAGGUGACAGAAAUUGAUAUAGGAAUGGAGAAUAUCACGUAUUGUCUCAUCGUUGAGUGCCCUGCAGCAUUUAAGUUUCAACAUUUUGGAUUUCGACAUAAAUGUGUGAAAUUACAAAUAGUUGUAUCGGUAAAUAGAUUCAUCGACGAUACACCUAGAUAUUCAGAUAUUGUAGUCUAUGACACAAUUUUGCAAUCUUGCGGAAGAUUUGUUAAUGAGCUUACAAUGGGCGAUGUGCAGACACUCUAA